GGCGAAACGCAGAAACGCGGAACGCCGGACCGGAUAGAUAGGAAAUGUCAUCGUUAUCUCGAGUCGAGCUCCUCCGUCGGGAUUGUCCACGCGACGGCUGUGCUGCUGUUCGCUGAAGCGGAGCAUCUCGUAGAGUGCCGCGCUGCUCGCUCGCUCUCGUGGACGGUGCGUGCUCCGUUCGGGAGGAGGCCUCGUUCAGUCUCCUCUUUCUGUCUCGCCGGGGGUCUCUCGCGUGACGCGUGCACGCGAUUACGCACGCACACGGACACACACGGACGGGUACAACGGCGCGCUGAUGUAGUGUCACGGUGGUGGUGAUGAUGGUGAUGACGAUGAUGACGAUAACGGCGUGGGGAACGCGCUAGGUGCGAGAAGAGGAGCGGCCUCUCACAUUGGGCGAUAGCUGGGCUAGCCUGUGCACGGUAGAACCUAACCUAACCUCCUGGUCGUGCGAGGCAACAUGAAGUCGGGCAAUACGGACAAGCACAGGGGCACGAUCCUCUUGAAGGCGGAGGAGAACGAGCAGGUCUUCCAACUGAUAGGGAACCGAUGCCAGUGUUUAGCAGCUGGUGUCAUACAGUUAUACCUGACCGAGCCUCCCAUGCAUAGGGAUUGGAUUAAAAAGAGCACAGGUAUCAUAACUCUGAUAAGGGACAAUCCGAGACGCAGUUUCUUCUUGCGAUUGUACUGCCUGCAAAGGAAAGCGAUGCUGUGGGAACAUGAAGUUUACAAUUCGAUGGACUACAAAGCGCCGAAGUCGUAUUUUCAUACAUUCGAGGCGGAGGAUUGUAUGGCCGCGUUUAAUUUUGCGAGCGAUACCGAGGCUAUUACAUUAAGAAACAUACUUCUUGGCAAAUUGAAUGCCAAACGUCAGAGAAGGCAGGAGAGGAGAGCGAAAGAGGCGCAGCCGAGUAGCACUCUGCCAUGGAAAAAUCAAAGCAGCCCGUCACCCUUCACCGUCACAUCGGGCUCCUCGAGUAAUCUGUUGAACGGCGCGCCCAACACGGUCGGCGUUAACCGAAGCGCCUCGAGCAGCUCGAUGUACAAAACGAAGAAGAAAAAGAGUGAGCAGGACCUCAAGCGCAAACUGACCAAGGACGAUAUCGGUCUACCUUCGAAUUUCAGACACGUGGCGCAUCUGGGAUGGGAUGCAAAUAACAAAGGCCUGGAGCUCGAUUCCGUGGACUCGGAACUGCAACAGUUCUUCAACAACGCCGGCGUGUCGGAAUACGAGCUCCAAGACAUCGGCACACGAAAGUUCAUCUAUGACUUCAUCGAGAGGAACGGAGGGAUGAGCGCGGUGCAGGAGGACAUUCGGCCUUUGGCCAACGCGAAGAGCAAUAAUCAACAGCCUCCCGCGUUGCCGCAGAGACAGGAAUAUCCUCCGCCCGUUCCAGCACGUACGAUACCUCAUCAGACGCGCAGCGCCCCGCCUUUACCUCCGAAUCGUCUCACCGCAUCACCAAGUGUGCCUCCUAGCCUGCCCCCGAGCGCACCUCCGAGUGCCUCGUCCAUCGCUCCACCGGUGCACAGAACUUUACCGUCGAGACCACCCCCACCCGCUAUAACCUCGGCACCGGCUCUGCCGCCGCCUCCGCCUCCGCCACCGCCGGCUCCACCGUCGAGAAACAACUCGAACGUUCCCGCACCGCCGCCGCCGCCGCCCCUGCCGGAGCUGAGUACCGACAGUACAGUCAACACGAACGCCACUAACAACAACAACAACAACAACAACGAGAACUCGGUCGCCGACCUCAGGCCGAUGCUCAUGGAAUCCAUUAGAAGCGGCACGACUUUGAGGAAAGUUAAUAAAGCGGAAACGAAACCGGCACCGAUCGAGGACUCAAGAAGCGACCUGCUACGACAGAUACGCGAGGGCAUCGAAUUGAGGCCUGUCCCGAACGAAGUGAAAUCAAACACAGCAUCCACGCCUCGUCUAGGUGUUCUAGCUGACGCGUUAUCCAGAGCCCUGGCCGAACGAUCUCGUGCAAUCCACAGUGAAAGUGAGGAAUCGACUAGUGAUACCAGUGACGACGACGAGUGGGACGACUAAAUCCGGGUUAGUUGACACGUUCCGAUUGCAUGAUUUAGUCCGACGGAAAGCUGUCACGCACCUCCAUCGUAUUUAUUCUCCGCAAUUAAUAGAGGCACACGACGAUGUUUCAGAUGAAAAUAUAACUAAAAGGCUACAAUAACAUA